GCAGGUGUGACGCAGUGAAUUUUUAAUUAGCUAAACUCCAGCAGAGUUUAUCGCUGUUGAUAUUGUGUCACCUGUGCAAGUUUUAGUCAACAUGUUGAGAAAGAGGAGAAUUAAACCUGAACAGGAUGCCAAAGAGCAUGUGUUGUCAGGCAAAGACAAAGCCUUCAUUGAGAAACAAUACAUCAACGCAUUUAAAGGAAGAGGUGUUUUUGCACUUGAACACAUGAAACCAUCCACAUUUGUUGUGGAAUAUCGUGGAGUAUUGUCUCAAAGUAAAUAUGUUGAUGACAUUCAAGGCAAGUACUUGUUCGAUUUCACAUGGAAUGGAGCACAUUAUUGCAUAGAUGCUUCAAAAGAGGAUGGAUCGCUAGGACGACUGGUGAACGAUGAUCACAAAAAUCCAAACUGCAAAGUCAAGACGGUUGUUGUUGAGGGAAAGCCACAUCUGUGUCUAUUUAGUCUAAGAGACAUUUGUCCAGAUGAAGAAAUUACUUACAAUUAUGGGGAUUCCUCUUGGCCCUGGCGUUCAGUAUGCAAACUUCGGAAAUGAUAACAUCCACAAAGACACCGACAAAGAGAGGUGUGCCCGAACAACUUAUUUCAUUGGAGGGAACAAGAUCUGCAAGAACAGUUUUCUGUUUCUUAUGGGGAAUUGUGUGAUGAGAUAUCGGUGGCCGUGGAUGAAUCCAUUUGAGGGUCCUUUCUCAUCAGGAAAAGAGAAAAUGCCCUGUAAGAACAAACAAAUGUCAGUGGCCAAGGAAGAAGUUUCAGCUUUUAAUGAAAAUGAAAUGUGCCAUCAUGAAGUUCAUUGUGCAGUAAUAUCCAGUUUGGAUUCUUGUGUAAAUUGCAGUGGACCCGUGUCUAGUCGAAAAUGGCUUGGCUUAACAUGCAAAUUGUGUUCAAGAACAUGGCACAAAACCUGCUUAAUGAAGAAUGAGAAAUUGGUGCAUCAUAGCCAGUCUCUGUCUGAAACCCAACUCCAACAAUGGGUAUCUUUAAAGAAGGAUGGGACAGUCUUGUGCGGCCACUGUACCUGUAAAGCGGCUCUGGGAGAGGUGUGCUCUCACGUAACAGCUUUGCUGUAUGCCAUAGACUCUGCUGUUAAACAUCUGGAAGACAAAAGCUGCACUGAUGGGCCCAGACAGUGGGGACUUCCUCCUUUGAAGGCAGGCAAGGCUUUGUAUGAAGAGGGAUCGGGAAUUGAUUUCUCAAAUCCUGCCAAAAAGCGUUGUGGUGUAAACCACCAAAGCCAGGUUAUUCAUCUGUGAAAAAAGUGGGUGUGUCUGCUGCAGCUAUAGAACAAUUCUACAAGGCUCUGGAUAAUGCAACUCCAAACCCUUCAGAGAAGAGUGGCAUCCUUCGCAUAUUGCCGCAUUACUGUACACAGUUUCAACCAAAGCUUGUGUCUCUGAGUCUACCACAGCCCCUGACUGAGUUAUAUUGUGCUCAGAACCGGAAGCUGUCUGCCUCGGACCUUGAGGCAAAAUGUGAUGCAGUAUUCAACAAUAUGGAAGUUACACCAGAGCAGAUGGGGAUGUGAACAUGAACAAAAAGCCAGAGAGACGUAUGUGGCUUACGCUGCACAACAGCAUCAGGACCUAAGUGUUCGUGAUGCUGGUCUCCACAUUGAUAUUCACAUACUUAUACAUAAAGAUGUUUAUGCAAUAGAUGUUAACAUUAAAUAUUACCUUGGAGCAUCUCCAGAUGCAAUGUCCUGCUCCUGCUGUGGCGACGGAAUUUUGGAAAUGAAGUGCCCACACUGUGCCAAAGACACCGGAGUCCUCAGUGCCACUGACAAGAAACAUUUCUGCAUUGAGAACGCAGAUGUGUUUUCUACAAGAUCACUGAACAAUUUCUCAGAGGCAUCACCUCCAAGAGAUCCUCUUUUGGCUUCCUCAAACUGGAGCACACGUCAAAGUCUCUUUUCAGAGAGGUGGAGGGCAUAGAGACCCCGUCUGCUGAACA